UCCAGGCGCCAUGCAGCGACAUCGAUUAUACGUCUGUAAGUUCUUCUGCCUCACAUGCGGGUUCAUUAUCACCGAGGAGGACCAUUCGGUGCCUCCUCCUCCUCCUCCUCGCAAGAAUGCUCUUGAAGAAGUGAUCACUGCGAUAGACAAGAACAAUGAGCACGAGAGGGCGAACCAAGAGGCAACCGUAGAGAGCGGAUGAUGCCAGGAGAUCAGAGGAUGAGGUUGUGAGUGUUAGGGGAGCGAAUCGACACGGGCUGCAAGAUUUCCAGAAUUUGUCAAAGUAGUCUCUCCUGUUGUAAAUAGCCUAUGCAUGUGUAUUGUAAUUAUCUGCGAAACGAGUAGGAGAAGAAAUGGAUGGAGUGCUGCUUUGCUUGUUCG